UUUUAUUUUUUAUUUAAAUGACUACACUGUCGACUAUGAAACAAAACGCAUAAAAAAUACGUCAAAAUUAAUUAAAAAAAAAUAUUUUAAUUUAAAAUAUUUACUUCCGAGGCUGUUGAAUCAAACCUGGCUGCUGUAAUCUCUCUCUCAGCAGCAGCAGCAGUAGCAGCGAUGGCAGCCGGGCAGUGAGACACAUGUCACAACAGUCUGAGCCGAAAAACAUUCACGCUGGGGCCGAGAGAAGAAACAUAAUUUGAAAAAAAAUGUCUCGGCACAGAAAUGUUCGAGGUUACAACUACGACGAAGACUUUGAAGAUGAUGACAUGUACGGACAGUCUGUGGAUGAUGACUACUGUAUAUCACCAGCAACAGCGAAUCAGUUCAUCUAUUCACGCCAAGAGAGGCAAGCACCAAGGGAGCAGCCUUUGGAAGAGGAAGAAUAUGAAGAUGAGGAUGUACCCAUGUCCCCUACCAUCAGCCACAACCUUGACCCUCUUGAUCAAGCCAAGCUGUAUUCCUGCCUGGACCACAUGCGGACAGUGCUGGGAGAUGCUGUGCCAGACUCAGUCCUGACCCAGGCAGCUAUAAGAUGUGGAUUCGACCCACAGAAGGCCCUGGAUGCAGUCCUGUCCGAAGACACUAAAACAGCCCCAGUUACCAGAAGCAACGUUGAAGAGACGACUUCGGUAGCAAGAGUUAACCAGGAGAAAGCGCCGCUUCCACAAAGAACCAAACCAGAGGCCGUGGCUGAGAAAGGAGCCUGCUUGUCUGCAUCUCACACAGACAUUACAUCUAAGGGACAUGCACCCCAGACCAAACACACACAACCACGAGUGCAAGAAAUUGCCCCAAACUUGAGCGACCUCUUAUCGCAACAUAAUAAGGCUGAGUCAGCAGUCGGCAGCUCUAAGAAUCCAAAUUUUAUCCCUCAAAAUCCAGAAGGCAGUGGUGCCAGUCUGGCACAGCUCAUGUCUGAGCAUGUGCAGAAGAGUAAGGCAUCAGGAGUAGUUGACACAGGGCGUGUUUUGGGUGUUCCCUCAUUAAGUGCUCUCACCAUAGGAUCUAAUUCACCUCCGUCCAUCACGUCUAAUCAGAGUAGUCUUUCACUGGGGACACUGGCAUCUUUAAACAUUUCUUCAGCAUCUCACAGCUCAGCUCCAUCCCUCCUUUCGGUUCCUCUUGGUAGUUUGUCACUAAACAACCCCAAUAUAAUAACUGCAAGCUCUUCUCUGGCCGCUCCUCCCGGGUUUGGGAGUCUCAGUUCAGUCCUACAGCGCAAUCAGCACUCGGUGGGAAUUGGGAUUGGAGUCAAAGCCACAAAGGCCGAUCCUAAGGGAAGCCCGUCAUUGGCUGAUUUAAUCCAGGAGCAUUCAAACCGCAGCCCAACAGCUGUCAGUACCUCCUUCCCUACUCCCCAAAGCAGCAUAACUUCUAUGAAGUGUCAGGGGUUCGCUGCACCAGCACAAACUCUCUCAUUGUCUGAACUCGCUUCACAGCACCAAAACAGGAACACGCCUGUUCAGUUUCCAUCCCAGAGCAAUGCACGACCAGAAAGCGUACUCACCUUUUCUAAACCAACCAACAUUACUCCUGCAUGCCUAGGUGGGACUGUUUCAUUGUCUCAGCUAGCCCUGCAGCAUCAAAGCAACAGCUCCUUAGCUUCCUCUAAACCCAACAGCACUGAAUCUCCAGCAAAUGCACUGAAGCAACCACCUGGUAUCUCCAAGCAGCUCUCUUUGUCACAUUUGGCGUCUGUUCACAAAGACAAAACCUCAACCACCUCAAAUGGGUCACAGUACUCUCUCACCUCCCUCCUUUUACCAGAAAAACCAGAGAUGGCUGGCAUGUUGGCAGAAAGCACUCGAGAGGGUGUGACCAAGUAUAAACACGACCACAAACCUUACCACCUAAACUCCAGGCUACGUAAGCCGAGGCAGAUGAUUGAUUUGAGCGCACUCAUGGCCCAGUCAGAUGGAGUGAGCCCUCGUCACAAGGACAGCGACCUCCCGUCACCGUCCCCUCUGUCUCCAGUCACCUUGGGGCUAGAUUCUUCUGUUUUUGCGCAGCCGUCGGUAUUUGCGAUUGCUUUGUCGAUUCGAAGCCGCAGACAACAGAAGAGGAUGAGAAAUAUGGGAAAAAUGAAAUGUCAGAGGACAGGAAGUAGAAACCAGGCUUUCCUCUAUACAUCGCAAGACGGUUCCCAAGAGCAACAUACUCAGCUCUCACCGAUUUCGCCGUUUCGCUUUGACACGCCAUCACCUGAUGACAUCGUCCGUGCUAAUCAGCGAAAAGCUUUCACUAGGUAGAACAAGUAAAAUUAAAAAAGCGCUUAAUUAAACGAGGUCGUGUGCAGGUUGGUGCUAAAUUGACUCACUCGGGAUUAAAACCUUUCGGUGGCUUUUACUCCAGCAACUGAACUAAACUCAGAGAGCUGCAGCGCUCAGGGUUUUCAGUCAUUUUGAGACAUUUUGACUGUGUCCCACUGUCAUUCGGAGUAAAGAAACAUUUGGGACCAGCAGUACAACAAAGCACUGCUAGAAACUGUUUUGCUGCAGCAUUAAUGUAUUGCUUUUUGUUUUAUUGUUGAGGCAAGCAAACACGUCUUACGUUGCUACUUUAUACAUCAUGUUUAAGUCCAACAGGAAUCAAAACCAACAAUCAGUCAGUCUGGCAGCUUUCAGUAAACUUUUCAGUAUUUUAAAAACUUUUAGAACAACUUUUUUUCUCAUUUACUGUAGUUACCAUUUUUUUUCCUACAUUUUAAAUUUGAGUCUUAUUUUUCUACGCUUGGAUGGCCAUUGGCUUUUUAAUUGACAUUUUUGUAUGAAAGUAAAGCAGUUUAAUCGUAUCCAAGAAACAAUUCAAAGUGCAUCUCUUUUCACAUGGCCUCUUUUCUAGUUUUGAGCUGCAUGAACCUUCAAAAGAGGAAAAAAAAAAGGAGGUUGAUUUUGUUUGCAGGUGUGCUUGCAGCUAUUGGAAUAUGGAUCAGUUAACCAUUGUACUGGUUUGCUGCUGCCUGUGUUUGAGAUCAUGGGGUAGACAUUCUGGGUUUUUUUUUAGGACACCUGGAGAUUUUCCCAUGAGGGAGCGAGAACACACACAUGCACGUGCAUACAUACAGACAGACACACACACACACACAUACACACACACACACAAAGACAAGUGAACACUUUUAAUGUUUAAUAUUGAAGAGGUGAGUUUUCUUUUGAGUGCCAGCACUACAAAUAAAGAGUGUACAGAAAGAGUCAAAAUGAAUGCCUUCAAAUUUGAUGAGAGGUUCGUGUUCCUGCUCUUACAAGCUUUUAAUAUUACAAUGUAACACGAUGUCAUCACACUCUGCCAGAAGUUAAUUUGUCAAUUUUCAAAUAAAGAUGACUGAAUUUAUUUACUCUGAA